AUGGGGGAGCAGGCUAGCGGUGCGACUGAGGACAGCCUCUACGCCAAAGCCAAGGCCUCACCAUUUCACUUCAAGUCUGGCUCCACACGUCGCUCCAAGCGCCGCGAUAACGAGGACAAUCACGAAGAUAAUGACAAGCACAGUCGCAAGAGACACAAAGCAGAUCAAGACGAGGAUGCGCGACGGCACCACCGGCAUUCAAGACGCAAACACAAGCACAAACAUCGCACUCAUGAUGACCGUCAUCCCACAUCCACCCGAGACGGCACAUACUAUGACCCAGACCACCGGCAUCGAGAAUCUUUGUUCGACAAUCUGGAAGAAUCAGGAGCCGCAUCUCCAGGAACGGCACCCGAAGAUGCAUUCCGCGAGUCUCUCUUCGAUGCGCUUGCCGACGACGAGGGUGCUGCAUAUUGGGAAGGUGUAUAUGGCCAGCCUGUCCAUGUCUAUCCCGAUGUAAAACGAGGUGCAGACGGAAAGCUGGAGCGCAUGACCGAGGAGGAGUAUGCCGACUACGUGCGCACCAAAAUGUGGGAAAAGAGUCACCAGCACAUCCUCGAGGAACGUGAAGCGAAAGAGCGGGCACGCCAGAAGCGAAAGGCACAGCGCAGCCAACUUGACGAGGAACUCGAACGUGAAGAGGCAGAAAGGGAGGACAUACGACGUCGUAUGGAAGAAAGUAUACGCAGGGGUGAAGAACGCAAGAAGGCCAAAGAAGCAGAGGCUGCUUGGGAUAGUUAUACGGCCAAGUGGGAUAGUCUAAAGAACGCCCAGCACGCGAAUGACGGAGCAGCCACCAAGGCACGCGACAUGAUUCCAUGGCCUGUAGUGUCGGGACAGGCAAAGCAUGUGUCAAAAGAUGAAAUCGAGCGUUUCUUGCGGGCUUCCAAGUCGUGGCGAGAGGACUCUGCUGCACUGCUCAAGGCCGAGCGAGUCCGCUGGCAUCCUGACAAGAUGCAACAACGGUUCAGAGAACAUAUGGAUGCGGAUACUAUGAAACUAGUCACUGCCGUCUUCCAAAUCAUUGACCAGUUAUGGAACAACCGACGCUGA